AUGACAAUUAAUAUAUUGUUACUAAUUUUGUUGACAUUAUCAGUCGCUGGAGCAAUUCAGUGUUAUUCAGGAAGUCAAUUACAGAUUACUGAAUGUCCGAGUAUCAAUUGCAUCAAGCACUCACUUGGUUUUGAUACGGCAAGGUACUGUGAUGGUACCGGUGGAUCAUCUAUCUGUCAAACGUAUCGUAUAUUUGAAGCAUGUGAAACAAUUCCUAACCUGGGUUACAUCUGUUGCUGUUCCAGUAACCUUUGUAAUUCUGCUCAAUCUCUUUUCAUGUUCAAAGUUCUUCUACCAGUAUUGACUAUUUUAUUAUCAAAAAUAAUAUUGUGA